AGAAAGGGUGUCACAAGUAUCAAGCUUUAACAUCGUCUCUUCCAUAAAAACAAACCUCUUUCAAACAGUGGAAACACUUUUUAUCUUUUAGUUCCCCAAAGUUUUAGCAAACGUCAUAAUGUCAAUGGAAAAGCCACCGUUGGCCUCCGGUUUAGCUCGAACACGAUCGGAGCAGCUAUAUGAGACGGUGGCAGCAGCCAUCAGGUCACCUCACGGCUCCAUGGACGCUAAUGGUGUGCCUGCGACGGCUCCAGCAGCCGUUGGAGGAGGAGGGACCUUAUCGAGGAAAUCAAGCCGGAGGCUGAUGAUGGGGGCUUCUCCGGGGAGGAGUGGCGGAGCCGGCACACACAUAAGGAAGUCUAGAAGCGCUCAGCUUAAGCUCGAGCUAGAGGAAGUAAGCAGCGGAGCAGCUUUGAGCCGUGCGUCUAGCGCAUCGCUCGGGCUUUCGUUUUCUUUCACCGGGUUCGCUAUGCCGCCGGAGGAAAUCUCUGACUCGAAACCGUUCAGCGACGACGAGAUGAUACCCGAAGAUAUUGAAGCGGGAAAGAAGAAGCCUAAGUUUCAAGCAGAACCAACAUUGCCCAUCUUUCUCAAGUUCAGGGAUGUUACAUACAAAGUGGUGAUCAAGAAAUUGACUUCUUCAGCUGAAAAAGAGAUAUUAACUGGGAUAAGUGGGAGUGUGAGUCCUGGUGAAGUUCUUGCUCUCAUGGGACCUUCAGGGAGUGGAAAAACAACUCUUCUUAGCUUACUCGCUGGACGAAUCUCUCAAUCCUCUACUGGAGGCUCUGUUACUUACAACGACAAGCCUUACUCUAAAUACUUGAAAAGCAAGAUUGGGUUUGUGACUCAAGAUGAUGUUUUGUUUCCUCAUCUUACCGUGAAAGAAACGCUAACCUAUGCUGCUCGUCUGCGCUUACCAAAGACUCUUACGAGAGAGCAGAAGAAGCAACGAGCUUUAGACGUUAUCCAAGAGUUGGGUUUGGAGAGGUGCCAAGACACUAUGAUUGGAGGAGCAUUCGUGCGUGGUGUAUCAGGUGGAGAGAGGAAAAGAGUUUCUAUUGGAAACGAGAUCAUCAUUAAUCCUUCUCUAUUACUUCUUGAUGAGCCAACCUCUGGUUUAGAUUCCACCACUGCUCUUAGAAUCAUUCUGAUGCUCCAUGACAUCGCCGAGGCGGGGAAAACAGUGAUCACAACGAUACAUCAGCCCUCGAGUAGGCUCUUCCAUAGAUUUGACAAGCUGAUUCUACUAGGAAGAGGAAGUCUUCUCUACUUUGGAAAAUCAUCAGAAGCUUUGGAUUACUUCUCUUCUAUUGGAUGCUCUCCUCUUAUCGCCAUGAAUCCUGCAGAGUUCUUGCUCGAUCUCGCCAAUGGUAACAUCAAUGAUAUCUCUGUGCCUUUUGAGUUAGAUGACAGAGUUCAAGUUGGCAAUUCAGGCAGAGAAACUCAAACUGGCAAGCCAUCUCCUGCUGCUGUUCAUGAGUAUCUAGUGGAGGCAUACGAGACUCGGGUUGCAGAACAGGAGAAGAAGAAACUAUUGGAUCCUGUGCCACUUGACGAAGAAGCUAAGGCCAAAAGUACGCGCCUAAAGCGCGAAUGGGGAGCGGGCUGGUGGGAGCAAUAUUGCAUACUGUUCUGCAGAGGACUCAAAGAACGGCGACACGAAUACUUCAGUUGGUUGCGUGUUACUCAAGUUCUUUCCACAGCUGUCAUUUUAGGUCUUCUCUGGUGGCAGUCGGACAUUCGGACUCCAAUGGGACUACAAGAUCAGGCCGGUUUGCUCUUCUUCAUAGCAGUUUUUUGGGGAUUCUUCCCUGUUUUCACAGCGAUCUUUGCGUUUCCGCAAGAGAGAGCAAUGUUAAAUAAGGAGAGAGCAGCGGAUAUGUACAGAUUAAGCGCAUAUUUCCUAGCUCGAACCACGAGUGAUCUCCCUCUCGACUUUAUUCUACCUUCUCUCUUCCUUCUCGUCGUCUAUUUCAUGACAGGUCUUCGGAUUAGCCCGUAUCCCUUCUUCUUGAGCAUGCUAACAGUUUUCCUUUGCAUCAUUGCAGCUCAGGGACUCGGACUUGCAAUUGGUGCCGUUUUAAUGGAUUUAAAGAAGGCUACAACUUUGGCUUCAGUAACUGUCAUGACAUUCAUGCUCGCCGGAGGAUUCUUUGUCAAGAAAGUGCCGGUUUUCAUAUCGUGGAUACGUUAUCUAUCUUUCAAUUACCACACCUACAAGCUUCUUCUUAAAGUACAAUACCAGGACUUCGCUGAAUCCAUCAAUGGGAUGAGAAUAGACAAUGGACUAACUGAAGUAGCCGCACUCGUUGUCAUGAUUUUCGAAAAAAAAAUGAUGCACAAGUAUUUGCAAUCGAGGCAAAACAAUGCAACUCAAGUUUGGGCGGAUUCAGAAAGCACACGUCGUUUCGAGAGAAGGAAUGAUGACACUCCAGCUACUGAUGAUGAACGACACUAUCUUAGGCCUCCAAUCAUGGAUAUGCCUAAGCCUCCACCUAUCAAGUUCGCAUACCUUCCUGUAGGGAUCACGAUCACGCGCAAGGAGCUUGAUAUUAUCAAGCUCACAGCGCAGUUUGUGGCUGUUUAUGGGAAGUAUUUUCGGCGGGAGUUGACGAUGAGAGUGUUUGAGAAUCCUCUGUUUGAGUUUAUGAAGCCAACUGACAGCAGGAACCGUUUUUACACGGGGCUUAUUCUCGGGUAUUCGAGUGUGUUAAUGCCUUCCCAAAAGCUGAAGACGAAGAGUGAUAGUACGAGGGAAGUUUUUGAUGCUUUCUCCCAGCUUCUUGCUCAAGUGCCUGAAAAGGAGGAGGAUGGAGUGGAGAUGGCUUUGACUGAUUUGCAUGCUUAUGAGUAUUUUGCUAACAUGUUUCUGUCUCGGUCUCCACUUGUCAAGUUCCCAUUCUUUCCUAAAGGGAUAACGAUUACGCGCAAGGAGGUUGAUAUUAUAAAGCUCACAGCGCAGUUUGUGGCUGUUUAUGGGAAGUAUUUUCGGGUUGAAUUGAUGAAGAAAGUGUUAAUGAACCCUCAGUUUGAGUUUGUGAAGUCAACUGAUAGCAAGCACUCUUUUUACAUGCGGCUUGUUGAUGGGUUUUUGAGGGUGUUUAAGCGUUCCAUAAAGAAUGGUGCUGGUUUGGGGGAAGUUCUUGAUGGUUUUUUCAAGCUUCUUGAUCAAGCUCUUGAAAAGCAGGAGGGAGUGGAGAUGGCUAUGACUGAUUUGCAUGCUUUCGAGUUUUUUGCUAACGUGGAGGAUGACGUGUUGCAACCACUACCUGAACAAUACCUUCCAAUGAUGAUGAUGCCGCCACUACCACCUCUAAUUCUGCGUCCACUUGGAUUUCAGUUUACUCAUCUUCAAGGUCCUUCUCACAUGAUGAAACCUACACCACCUCGGCCACAGAAUGAUUUGCAAUCGGGUCAAAACAAUUCAAAUAAAGCUCUUGCGAGUGUGGCAACUAUUGAGCCACCUCCAGGAAUCAGAAAUUUUAUCCAGAAGACUGCACUAUUUGUUUCCAAAAAUGGGUUGGAGACUGCAAGAAGGUUCAUGGAACUUAGUAUGAAUGAUACAAGAUACAGAUUUGUGUGGAGCACUCACCCUUAUCACGCAUUUUAUCAGCUUAAGCUAGCAGAAUACUGUGCUCAGAAUCAAGAUAGAGCUCAGGAUAUCCAACCUAAUGUUCUGAGAUCUUUCGGUGUUGGAUUUGAAUUCCCUGAAAAGGAGAUCACACUCAAGGAGCUUGGUAUUAUUAAGCUCACAGCGCAGUUUAUGGCGCGGUACGGGAUGAAUUUUGUGCGGGAUUUGAAGAAGAUAGUGGUUGAGAACCCUAAGUUUGAGUUUUUGGAGUCAACUAGUAGCAGGUUCAGUUUUUACAAUAGGCUUGUUAUUGCGUAUUCAAGGGUAUUAAUGCCUUCCAAAAUACUGAGCAAGAGUGAUGAUUUUACGGCGACUGUUCUUGAUGUUUUUUUCCAUUGUCUUCAAUUGGAAAAGCAAGAGGAGGGAGUGGAUAUGGCCAUGAUUGAUUUGCUUGACUAUUUUGCUGGUUUGGAGGAUGAAGACUAUACUGCUAACGUGCUACAACCUCAACACCUUUCAACACAAAUGCAGCCUGAUAUGGUUGUGCACCCACCACCACCUAUGCCUGAAACAUCUCCUUCUCCCCCACCACUGCCUCUACAUGACGAGUCAGCACUUGUUCCAGAAGACCAGUUUCUUGCUGAUCCACAACAUUCGGAUUCCUCUACGAUCGAUGAUGAGUGGCAAGUCAUUGACUUCACAGUGCAGUCGUUACCGGAAAACGUGUCCAGUUUGAAGGAGAAAAUAGCUGGGGAGAUCCAAAUCCCAGCAAACAAAUAGAAGAGAAACAGAACGUGGUGGGAGAAUGCAGGGAAAUGCUUUUUCAAUCUCUUUAAAUUUUCUUUAAUAAUGUUUAAAUUGACUC